GCCCUUCCCCCCGCACAAAUUCUGAGUUCCUACGUCCACUCUCGUGCCCGGCGACGCUCAAGGGUCGGUGGCCGCACAGGGCUCGACGCGCACACGUCCGCGAAGAUGGGGAAAUCGACGGGGAGCCCGACGCAGGGAGCAGGGAACAGCAAGAAGGCCGCGGCGCUGGGAGGGUACUACAGACACCGCUCGCCGCCGCCGGGGCUCAACUACUGGCCGUGCAAGCUCGACGGGUGCAAGAAGCAGUUCCAGCGCGAGGCGGACCUCCGACGCCACCAGCGGACGAGCAGGACGCAUUCUAAGGCUGAGCAUAUGUGUCCCCAAUGCGAGGCUACCUUCACACGCCCCGACGCGUGCAGACGACACCAGAGGUCAAAACAUGGGACCGUCAGCGAGCCGCUCAUCGCUCACGUUGGGGCAGGCGCUAACGAGGAAGAUGACCCCUCCGCGGAAGGCAGCCCCAGCGUGGACAUGGACGGCAUGAGCGACAACGAGGAAGUACGUGAUGAAGCCGCCGCCGACGCCCUCUCGGACGUCGACGACGAGUCGGACAGCGCCAUGAGCGAGGACGCGCCACUCUCCGAGGAAGAGUCUGCCAGCGCGGUGGUGGCCGUUGCGCCCGAGGCCCCAUACGGCUCUCAUGAUACGAUCUAUGGCCGCUCUGCCGACGACGAGACGUACGGCGCGAUUCCCGCCUCUCCGAGUCACGCCUCCUCACGCUGGUACAGCACGAACCCGCUGGAGUCCUUCGCGGUCGGCGAAGCAAAGCCCGUGUACUACCCCUCGCCAUACUACCGCAUCACCGCCCCGAGCUGGCACUGCGGCCCGUUCAGCAUCGACCGCUACAUCUGCCAUCCCACAUCCAACGCGCGCAACUCACCGGACGAGAACACGAGCUCGGACGAGGAGGAGCAGGACGAGAAGGAUACAUCGCACUCUGGGGUUUCGUUCGUCCGGCCUGCUGUCGACGCUCAUUACUACAGCACACUCACCUUGACUUCGCAUACAAAAGCGGCAGCGUCUUCAUGACCCAGCAGUUGGCUUUUCACGAAGCCUUCUCGGCCAAUACCAAAAUCGCUCAUGUCUUGCGACCUGUUGUAAAAAUACGCGCGCCCAUAGUGAUAUAACGAGGACAUGAUGUCUUUACCGACUAUAACACCACUAUACGUGCUCCACCAUACACCUCCGAUGCCUGCACGGUCCCCUACACAGCGAGGAUCGCCGCGACAGCGUCUGCAUGCUCCCCAUAGAUGCUCUCGUGGCCGUUCUUUGGCGGGUCCUCGACGCCACCAACCAACCUUGCAUAUCUCUCUG